CAAUAAUACAGCUGUGUGGGUUGUUCUCUGUACGCAUAGAUGCCAAUUCGCAGUCGACUCAGCAUUUGCUUAGCAGCUAAUUUAUAAAAUGUCUUCGGAAAAUAAAGCGUUACAUACCGUUGCUUCUAGCAUUACUAAAUUUUCAACGGAAUUUUACAAGGCGUUAGCGGAAAAUGAAAAAUCAAACUUUAUCUGUUCGCCGAUCAGUGUAUCGAUGGUAUUAUCUAUGGUUACUUAUGGAGCUCGUGGAAAUACUGAGAAAGAACUGCGUAGUGUAUUGGGAUUAUCUGAAGACGAUCAACUCAACAAAGAUGGUUUUCAAUCACUCAUCGAUAGUUUGAAUGCCGUUGAAACAGUUGUGCUCAAUUUGGCCAAUAAAAUUUACUUUAACACGAAAUUCAACGUGAAACCUGAAUUCAAAAAAUUAACAGAAACGACAUUUCGAUCUGUAUCAGAGAUAAUUGAUUUUGGAAAUACUUCAGAAGCCAGCAAAACUAUUAACAGUUGGUGUGAAGAAAAAACUAACAAUUGUAUCAAAAAUGUUGUACAGCCAGGUGAUUUAAUCGAUUCCCAAAUGGUUCUCGUAAACGCUGUGUACUUCAAAGGAGAAUGGAAAUGGCAAUUUGAUCCUAAACGCACGAAACCAGAGCCGUUUCAUAUCGAUAAAAAUACUACUAAGGAUGUACCAAUGAUGUACAAAAAAGCUAGAUAUAACAACAACGAAUUGGCUGAUCUUGACGCUAAAUUUAUCGAACUUCGUUACAAAAGAGACGAUGAAAAGAUACCUGUCACGAUGUUUAUUAUUUUGCCAAAUGAAAUUGACGGAGUAAAUACACUAGAGACAAAAUUAGAGACGAUUAAUUUCAAGGAUUUGCAUGAAAAUUCAAAUAUUAAAGAGUGUGAAUUGUGGCUUCCUAAAUUUAAAGCCGAGAGUACACUCGAUCUAGAAAAAACUUUAUCAAAAGUCGGCCUGAAAGGAAUUUUCGAAUCAUCAGCAGAAUUCAGCGGUAUUGACGAAUCAGGACAAUUGAGUGUCAGCAAAGUAAUACAAAAAACUUUUCUAGAAGUCAAUGAAGUAGGAAGUGAAGCUGCAUCAGCAUCUGUAAUGAUGAUAAGAAAAAAAUGUUGUUUGGCUGACCCAAUAUCCUUCAAUGUAAACAGACCAUUUCUGUGUGUAAUAGUCGCCACAGAAACUGGAACACUACUCUUUAAUGGGCGUAUUAUCGAUCCAACUGUCCAUGCCGUUGAAACAGUUGUGCUCAAUUUGGCCAAUAAAAUUUACUUUAACACGAAAUUCAACGUGAAACCUGAAUUCAAAAAAUUAACAGAAACGUCAUUUCGAUCUGUAUCAGAGAUAAUUGAUUUUGGAAAUACUUCAGAAGCCAGCAAAACUAUUAACAGUUGGUGUGAAGAAAAAACUAACAAUUGUAUCAAAAAUGUUGUACAGCCAGGUGAUUUGAUCGAUUCCCAAAUGGUUCUCGUAAACGCUGUGUACUUCAAAGGCGAGUGGAAAUGGCAAUUUGAUCCUAAGCGCACGAAACCAGAGCCGUUUCACAUCGAUAAAAAUACUACUAAAGAUGUACCGAUGAUGAUCAAAACUACCAGAUAUAACACCAACGAAUUGGCUGAUCUUGACGCUAAAUUUAUCGAACUUCGCUACAAAAGCAAUGAGCCAAACCACCACCCUAUUACCAUGUUUAUUAUUUUGCCAGAUGAAAUCAACAAUAUAAAUACCCUAGAGAGUAAAGUGCAUACUAUUAAUUUCAAGGAUUUACAUGAUAAUUCAAUUUAUAAAGACUGCACCUUGCGGCUCCCUAAAUUUAAAGUCGAGAGUACGUUUGAUCUAGAGAAAACUUUAUCCAAAGUCGGCCUGAAAGGAAUUUUCGAACCAUCAGCAGACUUUAGCGGAAUUGACGAAUCAGGACAAUUGAGUGUCAGUAAAGUAAUACAAAAAACUUUUCUAGAAGUCGAUGAAGUAGGAAGUGAAGCAGCAUCAGCAUCCGCAAUGUCAAUAAUGAAGCGAAUGGGUUCCUGUCGACCCCCAAUAUCAUUUACUGUAGACAGACCAUUUCUGUGUGUGAUCGUCGCCACAGAAACUGGAGCACCGCUUUUUAACGGACGUAUCAUCGAUCCAACUAAUACAGUUCACGUUCAGCGCUCAUUCGCGACACAAAUCCUUCGCACAAUGUCUACACCUGUGAAUCAGGCUUUACAUACCGUAGCUACAGGUAUCAGUAAAUUUUCGACUGAAUUUUACAAGUCUUUGGCGGAAGAUGAAACGUCAAAUUUUAUCUGUUCGCCACUCAGUGUAUCAAUGGUAUUAUCUAUGGUUACUUAUGGGGCACGCGGACAGACUGAGAAAGAACUGCGUAGUGCAUUGAGAUUGUCUGAAGAUGAUCAAAUCAAUAAAAAUGGGUUCCAAUCACUUAUUGAUGCUUUGAAUGCAGUUAAAAAAGUUGAGCUUCGUUUAGCCAAUAAGAUUUACUUCAACGUAGGGCUUGACGUUAAAUCUGAAUUUAAAAUUUUAACAGAAACUACAUUUCGAUCUGUAUCAGAGACAAUUGAUUUCGGAAAAACUGUAGAGGCCAGCAAGACCAUCAAUAGUUGGUGUGAAGAAAAAACUAACAAUCGUAUAAAGGAUGUCAUACAACCAGAUGAUUUGUCAGACGCAGAGAUGGUUUUGGUGAAUGCUGUUUAUUUCAAAGGGCAUUGGAAACAACAAUUCGAUCCUGAUUCAACUGAACUUAGACCAUUCCAUAUUGACGAGAAUACUACGAAAGAUGUACCAAUGAUGUUCAACAGAGCUACUUAUAAUUUCAAUGAACUUCCAGCGCUUGAUGCCACUUUUAUUGAACUUCCUUACGAAAGUAAUAAUUCGAGCGAUUCCAUGAGCAUGUUUAUUAUUUUACCGAAUCAAAUAAACGGUUUGAAGAAAAUUGAAAGUAAUUUAGAUGGAAUUAACUUCAAAGAUCUCCACAACAGUCGCGGAUCUAUGGAGGUUGAAUUACAGCUUCCGAAAUUCAAAGUUGAGAGUAAAUUCGGGCUUGAAAAUACUCUUUCUAAAAUGGGAGUAAAAGAAAUUUUUGGAAAUUCUGCCGAUUUCCGAGGUAUUUCCGAAACUGCACAACUGAAAGUUAGCAAAGUAAUUCAAAAAGCUUUCAUCGAAGUGAACGAAGAAGGAAGUGAAGCUGCAGCCGUAACCGGUAUGAUAGCAGUAGCCUACUGUUUGGUAGAGACACCAUCGAUUAUAGUGAACAGACCUUUUUUCUGUGCAAUAGUGGCAACUGAUACGGGAAUGCAACUUUUUAAAGCACGCAUUAAUGAUCCGACAUUAAUUUAAAUUUUAUUCUGCUAAGUUGUAAUUAAAAGUAUUAACAGCGAGCUAAUAUAAAAAUAUAUAUAAAAAAAGCUAAUUAAAAUAUGUAAUAAAUACAGUGUAUGCACGUUAGAUUAUAUUACAGUUAUGUCUUUCUUACGAUAUAAUACGUUCCACCUACUCGAAUCUACUUGACUUCCAAUACACUUAUAUAGAUAUAUACACUCGCUGAGCUUGUAACUGAUACCGCGGUUUUAUUACUAUUUAAUUAAUUUUUUUAUUGAACAAUUGCAUGGAAAAUUACGUUUAUUUAACGGAGCUCAGAGACGCUCUGUAGAUCAUCUUGGUCUAACAAACGCGACUAUAUUAUUACUGAUAUUAAUGUACAUUCUUUGCCAGAAAAACAACUAGUAAUUAAACUAAUUUAUAAUAUUAUUUAUUAUUUUUAAUUUUAUUUUUUUUCCUACGCAACCGCCAGUGCGACCGGUUCGCUAACGAAUAUCUUUAUGGAUUUAAAUUUCUUCAUAAAUGUUGGUUUCAUUUUUUUUUUCUAAUUAAUUAAUUUUUUUUUUUUU